GCCGGCCGGAAAGGCGCUCCUCCUCACGUCACCUUUCCUUUAAAGACGCAGGCCGAAGCCCCGCCCACUACGGAAGGUGAAAGGGUCUCACACGGCGGAGCCCGUUUGCGGGCUCCUUCUGCCAAACCUUACCAAUCGGCGGCCCGGAACAGGCUUCACGGCAUAAGACUCCUGAAAGAAGUAAAUACAUUUUCUUACUGAAGAGCCGCAGUGCCAAGUACAGGUUAUAAGAGGCUUCAGUGUAAGGAAGUGCAGAGUGGAGAGCUCUGGAAAAUCAGCCACUGUUGACCGUGCCCAGCGCGACGCAGGGAAGGGUAAACCGGAUGCGUUCCCUGCUUCACAGAACUUACCGUCUGAGAGAAACAGUAACAAGAUAAUCACAGAAUUAUAAUCGUGGAAAGAUGAGCUGUUCUGUGGACGCACUUAACUCUGAGUUCAACAAGCAAAUAGCGGGACACGGGGGAAAGGGGGGGGUUGACCAGGGGAGAACUGGCCUAGUCUGGGAGGUAAUCAAAAGAACGCCCUGAGAAAGACCCCGCUAGACAGGAAUGGAGUUUCCUAAACCAAGGGGAAGAGCACUUCAAGAUCGGAAAGGCCGAGGGGGUUUAGGCAUAAAUGAAAUUUGGAAUGGAGUGAGGCCAGAAAGGUGCGAAGGACCUUUUGACCUCCUGAAAGCUCUUGGUCUUUAAUCUUCAGGCAGUUUUAGGUGGGCGGGCGCUGGGUGCCGGGACAACACCAGCGUUGCAGAGGGGAGAACUGAUUGCAGAGCUCAUGGUGUAACAGCCUAGUUAGGAGACUGAUGGGAAUCCAAAGGAGAGGUGGAAGAUGUCUUAAACUAGCGUGGUGGCAGUGGAUGUGGAGAGAAGUAGGUUGAUUUAUGGUGUUCGGAAGUAAGACUGAGGAGGCUUGGUGUUGGAUUAGCUGUGAGAGUGCGGGAGAGCAGAAGUGGACAAGACGACGUGGCUCUGGACGGACUGAGAUGCUGGUCACUGAGAUAGGGAGUUCUGGAAGACCGUCAGAUGUAUUGAUGAGUUGUUCACUACGUUCAUGAAGAGGUGUUUGUUGAGUCACCAGGGAUUCAAUGUUCUGCAUCGUCCUAAAUAAAGCCUUAGGGUGUAUCUGCUUUUGGAGCUAGCACUGUGAGAUCCAUGGGGAACGGAGUCAGCUAAGAUAACUUUUAAGUUUCCUGUGCAUGGACCUGCAGUGUUCACAGGAUGGCUGCUCUUUUGCUAAAGAGGUUAACAUUACAAACUAUAAAAAUGGAAAAUACUUGCAUUAGAAGACGUUUGGGUAAAUACGUCGUACAGAAGACGGCGCUGGCGGAACCAUCCCACAUUGCCUCUGCCCCAAGACUGCCCUGCCUCAUUCACGCAGAAGCUUUUAGUACUGAAGACACCCAGGACAAGAGAGAAAAGAAAAAAAAGAAUGAAACAGCUUUUCGUAACGUUGGAAGAAAAAUUAACGAGCGCAUCAUUCAGGUGCUGGACGAGAAGGGCAACGACCUGGGCCCCAUGCACCGAGCGAACGUGAUCAGGCUCAUGGCCGAGCAGGACCUGCGGCUGGUGCCAAGGGACCCCGGCGCCCAGCCCCCGCAGUACCAGCUUAUGACGGGCACGCAGAUCUACCAGGAGCGGCUCCGGCUCAGAGGGAUGGAGAGGGCCGAGCCCAAGCCUGGACCCACCCUGACAAAGGAACUGACUUUUUCUUCAAAUAUUGGACAACAUGAUUUGGACACAAAGAGUAAACAGAUUCAGCAGUGGAUCGAGAAAAAGUACAAAGUUCAAAUUACAAUAAAGAAAGGGAAGACUACAGAAGAGCCAGAAAACAAAAUGGAGGAGAUAUGUAAUCAAAUACUGCAGACUAUGCCUGGAAUAGCUACCUUCUCAUCCAGGCCACAGCCCAUCAGACGGGGCAAGGCUGUGAUGUGUGUGCUUCGUCCCUUGAGCCAAAAGGAAGACAAUGCGUGCAGAUCAGCUCUGGGGACCCAGAGGGGAGACGCUCUGAACAGAGGAAAUGGAAACGACGGAGCAUCCAAUGCUCUGCACCAGUGAUUUUAAUAAAAACGUGCUUCUGAGAGAAAAUAA